AUGGCAACCACCGUGCGCAAGGUUAAGACGGCCUUGUCCUCGCCAAAGGCAUUCAAGGACGCCAUCAGAGCCCCUGACGCCCCGGCCGAGGGCCAUGCGUAUUUCAACGAGGACUUGCUACCCACGCCGCCGGAGGCAAGGACGUGGACCGCACUGCACUUCUUCAGUUACUACCUGACACAGACUUUCUCGUCCGGUUCCUAUAAUCUGGGCGCGACUCUGAUUUCUAUUGGUCUUCAGUGGUGGCAUGGAAUCAUCGCCGCCGUUAUUGGCUCGGCGAUUCUGAGUGUCGUGGUCAUCCUGAACUCCAGGGGUGCGACCCGGUACCAUGUAGGGUUCCCAGUGUAUGUGCGAGCGGCGGGAGGUAUCGGCGGCUCGAAGCUGUUCGUUGCGGUUCGUGCUUCGGUAGCGGUCAUCUACUUUGCAACUCAGAGUUACUAUGGGGGCAUGAUCACAGCCGUCUGCCUCCGAGCCAUCUUCGGCUCGGCGUGGGAGAACAUCCCCAAUACUCUGCCUGCGAGCGCGGGGAUCUCGUCCAAGAACCUCCUGGCCUUUUUCAUCUACUGGAUCAUCCAGUUCCCCGUCAUGUUCCUGCACCCGACGAUCCUGCGCCAUCUGUUCGUCGUCAAGGCCGUGUACACGACGGCCGCGCUCUUCGGCCUGAUGGGUUGGGCGAUCCAGAAGAACGGCGGCAGCAUCGGCAGCUUUAGUUUCGCGGGCCAGGUCACCCUGAGCGGCGCCGCGCUCGUCUGGCCCAUGAUCCAGGCCAUCAACUCGGUCAUGGGAGCCCUGUGCCCCAUCCUGAUCAACCAGCCCGACGUGGCACGCUACGCGACGAAACCCGAGCAGGCGACCUGGUCUCAGGGCACCGGCAUCUUGAUCUCCAAGGUGAUUGUCAUGUUCGUGAGCUGCGCGACCACGAGUGCCAGCACGGGCUUCCUUGGCAAGAGCUAUUGGAAUGUCUGGGACCUGUACGAUGCCAUCCUAACACAGUACUGGUCACCCGCGGCCCGUGCCGGCAUCUUCUUCGUUGCCUUGGGCAUGGUGCUUGCUACGAUUGCCACCAACGCCGGCAGCAACUCAUUGCCGGUGGGUGCCGAUACCAGCGGACUGUGGCCGCGCUGGGUCACCAUUGUCCGAGGCCAGGUUGUCUGCGCCCUACUCGCGCCGCUCUGCGUGCCAUGGAAAAUCAUCGCCAGCGCCACUUCCUUCCUGACCUUCCUAGGCUCGUACACGGUCUUCCUUAUGCCCAUCUGCGGCGUCAUGAUUGUCGACUACUGGGUCCUGCGGCGCGGCAACUUCCACGUCCCGAGCCUGUAUACCAAGGCCAAGGGAACACCAUAUGCCUACACAAACGGGUGGAACCUGCGGGCGGUCGUUGCGUGGGUUGCUGGCGUGGCGUUCACGGUCCAUGGAAUCGCCGGCUCGCUGGACCCCACCGCGGUGAAUCAGGCGAGCAAGAACAUGUACAAGUUGGGCUUUCUGCUCUCCCUUGCUAUGGGAUCUUUCGUGUUCUACAUCCUAAACCUAAUCUGGCCCGUCCCGGUAUACCCGGACGAGCGCGUGGGCGAGGGUCUCAAAACCUUCGAGUUUAUGGCUGAUUCCGAGGGCUUCUUUGCCGGCGAGAGUAUCGAUGGUAUUCGUGGUGUCUUGACGGGAGACGGCGGGAUUGAAGUCGGUGAUACCGACAGCAAGGCUAGGUAUGGAAAGGCGUACGUGGACGAGAAAACGGGGCCUGUCUCUGUCUAA